AACUGGAUUUCUUAGGUGAGUGUAUCUGUCUGUCAAUCAAUCAUGAAGGCUGUGGCAAUAAUCCUUGCUCUGGCAGUCAUCUCUGGCUGCCAUGCCCGCGCUGUGCGCCAGGCAGAGGCCCUCCAGAACCACUGGGAGGAGAACGUUGAGCGCUUCUGGACCUACGUGUCUGAGAUCAACAGCAGAGCCGACGGACUGGUGGAGAACCUCAAAGCCUCCCAGCUCGGCAGAGAACUUGACACCCUGAUCACUGACACCAUGGCUGAGCUGACCGUGUACAGGGAGGACAUCCAGACCAAGUUGGUGCCCUACGCCCAGGACACAGCCGCCCUGCUGGGCCAGGACUUGCAGCUUCUGACCACCAAGCUCCAGACCGACAUGGUUGACGCCAAGGAGCGCAGCACACAGUACCUGGGAGAGCUCAAGACUAUGAUGGAGCAGAAUGCUGAUGAUGUCCACAACCGCGUCAACACCUACACCCGCAAACUGAAGAAACGCCUUAACAAGGACACAGAGGAGAUCCGCAACACAGUGGCUACCUACCUGGGAGAAAUCCAGUCCCGUACCUCCCAGAACAUGGAUCUCGUGAAGGAGCGUGUGGAGCCCUUCGUGAGUCAGGCCCACGACACCGCCGCCCAGAGGCUGGGCAGCUUCACUGACCUUCUGAAGAACCAGGCCCAGGACCUGAGCCAGCAGGUCUCCACCCAGGCCGAAGGCAUGCGCGAGCAGCUGGAGGCCACCGCCGAGGACCUGCGCACCACCCUGGAGGGCAAGAUCGAUGAGCUCAGCAGCCUGAUCGCCCCCUACGCCGCCAAGAUCCGUGAGCAGCUCCAGACCGCCAUGGACAAGGUCAAGGAGACCACCGUCUAAAUGGACCCAGGGGAGGGAGGGGUUUGGAGGACUGGUGUCCCGCCACUACACCCCUGUUUAAGUAGGGGUGGGGGUUGUGAAGCACUGUGCCACCAUUCACCUAGCUACCACAGAGAGGAGGAGGGAGUUAAGUGUUACUGAUGCUGUUUUCACUGUGUUGGCACUGUGUGUUUUGGUAGAGGGGGGUUGAUAGAGAGAGAGGGGUGAGGAUGACAGAGCUUUGAAGGGGUCUUGAGCAGGCAAACAGUCCUUUAUGUCUGUUCAGGCCUGUUCAAACACACAAGAGGCCAUUGUUUUUAACCUGCUUCGCUUGUCUUCCCCGUUAUAAGUGCUCUAGAUGUCUCCUCCAAAUUGUUCUACUAAUCUGCAUCAGGUUUCUAAGGCUGCUGUAUGGGAUACAAGUGGGGUUGAAACAGUAUCUAACAAUCGUGAGCCAAAUUGUCUCCGGCCCAUUCCAGCGCUGUCCCUGUCCUUCAUUUCAAUAACUGCACUGAAUUAAGACUGGGCUUUUCUCCAGCACUAGCAUCAGUCUGUCCAGAAAAAAAGGAAGAACCACUCCGUUCCUUGCUUGUCUAUGAUUCUGUAUCUACACCUGCUUUGUAGGCUCUGUAUUUGUUGUGAUUCAUAUAGGAGUGUAUUUACUAUGACUGUGAUAUGACGCGAAUAUGACAAUGAAACUAAAAGGAAUAGUUCACAGGGUCCAUGUACUACCUGUCUGUAUUAAUUCAGUUUGUCCAGAGUGUCUCUGCCACUUCACAAUGUAACACGCCCUGCUGCUCCCUGCUGCUCACUGUUCGUCUGGCUGUCUGGCUGUCUGGCUGACUGCAGUGUGCUACCCAGCGCUGCGGAAAUAAAAUAUGCUUGUUGCUCAA